GCGGGCGGAGGGCGCCACGCACGUCGACGCGGCCGUCCCCGCGGGCGGGGACCGAGCCCGUCGCCGAGCCUCCGAGCAGCCGCGCGCCGAGCCCCGACUCUAUGGCCUCCGGGGAGCGCGCGCGCCGCUGCGCCGCCCACCCGCAGCCGGAACCCGAGCUCCAGCACCAGGCAGAGCGCAGCGGCAGCGCUGCGGGCCGGGGCCCAGGGGCCUGGCUGCCCCGGGCGCGGGACAUGGGAGCCCGGUAACCUGGCGGUGCGAGGACCCCGCGGCGGGCAGGACCCGCCGAGCGAAGACCGCCAAGCCCAGGGAGAGCCGGAGACAGCGAACCGCCCGCCCCCGGCCGCAGCCCCGCCAGGGCCCUCCCCCGGCGGCGCGCACCCGCGCGCGCACACACUUGCACACCUUUCCUCCGCUUGUGCCCAGCCUCGCCUGGCCCCCGCCGGAGCACCCCAGGAGGGCCGAUGCCAUGGGUAACAACUUCUCCAGUGUCUCUUCUCUGCAGCGAGGAAACCCCAGCCGUGCGUCGCGGGGCCACCCCCAGAACCUCAAAGACUCCAUCGGGAGCUCCUUCCCGGUCCCCUCUCACAGAUGCCAUCACAAGCAGAAGCAUUGCCCACCCGCGCUGUCCGGUGGGGGGCUCCCAGCCACGCCGCUGCUCUUCCACCCCCACACUAAGGGCUCCCAGAUCCUCAUGGACCUCAGCCACAAGGCCGUCAAGAGGCAGGCCAGCUUCUGUAAUGCCAUCACCUUCAGCAACCGCCCCGUCCUCAUCUACGAGCAAGUCAGGCUGAAGAUCACCAAGAAGCAGUGCUGCUGGAGCGGGGCCCUGCGACUUGGCUUCACCAGCAAGGACCCUUCCCGCAUCCACCCCGACUCACUGCCCAAGUACGCCUGCCCCGACCUGGUGUCCCAGAGUGGCUUCUGGGCCAAAGCGUUGCCUGAGGAGUUUGCCAACGAGGGCAACAUCAUUGCCUUCUGGGUGGACAAGAAGGGCCGCGUCUUCUACCGGAUCAAUGAGUCGGCUGCCAUGCUGUUCUUCAGCGGGGUCCGAACGGCGGACCCGCUCUGGGCCCUGGUGGACGUCUAUGGCCUCACACGGGGUGUCCAGCUGCUAGACAGCGAGCUGGUGCUGCCUGACUGCCUGAGGCCGCGCUCCUUCACCGCGCUGCGGCGGCCGUCGCUGCGGUGCGAGGCGGACGAGGCGCGCCUGUCUGUGAGCCUGUGCGACCUCAACGUGCCGGGAGCCGACGGCGAGGACGGCGCACCGCCCGCCGGCUGCCCGAUCCCGCAGAACUCGCUCAACUCUCAGCACAGCCGCGCGCUGCCGGCGCAGCUCGACGGCGACCUGCGCUUCCACGCUCUGCGCGCCGGCGCGCACGUUCGCAUCCUGGACGAGCAAACCGUGGCGCGCCUAGAGCACGGGCGCGACGAGCGCGCGCUGGUCUUCACCAGCCGGCCGGUGCGCGUGGCCGAGACCAUCUUCAUCAAGGUCACGCGCUCAGGCGGUGCGCGACCAGGAGCGCUGUCCUUCGGGGUCACCACGUGUGACCCUGGCACGCUGCGGCCCGCCGACCUGCCCUUCAGCCCCGAGGCCCUGGUGGACCGCAAAGAGUUCUGGGCGGUGUGUCGCGUGCCUGGGCCUCUGCACAGUGGUGACAUCCUGGGCCUGGUGGUCAAUGCGGACGGAGAGCUGCACCUGAGUCACAACGGCGCGCCAGCCGGCAUGCAGCUAUGCGUGGACGCCUCGCAGCCCCUCUGGAUGCUCUUCAGCCUGCACGGCGCCAUCACGCAGGUCCGCAUCCUUGGCUCCACCAUCAUGGCUGAACGGGGUGGCCCAUCUCUCCCCUGCUCACCUGCCUCUACUCCAACCUCGCCCAGUGCCCUGGGCAGCCGCCUCUCUGACCCCCUGCUCAGCACAUGCGGUUCUGGGCCCCUGGGUAGCUCUGCUGGCGGAACAGCCCCCAACUCACCUGUGAGCCUGCCCGAGUCACCAGUGACCCCGGGUCUGGGCCAGUGGAGCGAUGAAUGCACCAUUUGCUAUGAACACGCAGUGGAUACAGUCAUCUACACGUGUGGCCACAUGUGCCUGUGCUACUCCUGUGGCCUGCGCCUCAAGAAGGCCCUGCACGCCUGCUGCCCCAUCUGCCGUCGCCCCAUCAAGGACAUCAUCAAGACCUACCGCAGCUCCUAGCCCACUGCAGAGCCCCACCCGCACGCCCACGUCUGCAGACUGCAGCCCAGCACCAGCCGAGGGCAAAGCCAACAGGGUCCCUUCCUUCUACAGUUUGCAAACUCUCCCUCCUUUGUCCAUUAAACAUGGGAAACCAAGGUCCCUGAAGGUUUGGGCUGAGAGGGUCUCAGGCAGGGAGGUGGGGCACAAGUAGUGAACGGAGGGGAGGGGAGAAGGGUACCCCACCAUCGCUCCUCUUUACACAGAUUUCUGCAUGCUGAGGGGCUGAAGUAGCGUUUCAGCUUGUUGCCAUCCCUCCCGAGCUAGGCAGAUUUCUAGGUUGUGCAGCCCGCGUGGCAUCUUGGAGAGAGUUAGCGAACAUGUAGCUUCUGGGCAGCUGCAAACUGCAUGCCGUGUCUCUUUCUCCUUACCCACAGCGGGUAGACAGACAGGCUGCAGAUCCCAAGUCCUACGUCCUUGACCUCACGUCGACCUGCCACGUCCAGGACGCCCCGUUUGCCCUGAUUUUCGCCAAUCAUCUCACUGGUGCCGUUUCCCAGGGUGCCCUGCGGUAAAGGCUGACUCGGGCCUUUCUGUUGUCGGGGUCUCAAAAGAACAGGUCCACAGUCAUACUUAAGGCCUGCCCUCCCUCAUCUCGGCCUGGGCUGGUCUUGCCAUCGUUUGCCUGGGAGGGACAGGAGCCUUCGGUGGGGUGGGGGUUUCCUGGCCCAUAGACAGCCCCUUUUCCUUAUUUUAAUUUAUUUAUUUAUUUGGUUGAUGGGUCUUGUUGAUGGGUUAUGUUCCAACCUGGGUUCUCCUAAAAUACUGCUGUUGUGCGGGGGGGAGGGCUGCCAGGUGAAGGGAAGCAAGGAGUAGCCACCCAGAAUAAUCUGCCCCCAACACAAGGCUCAUGGGCAAUCCUGCUCACCCUGAGGUAGAAUUCCAGGCUGGAGGCCUCCCAAGAGGUGGAUGAGCCUCUCAUGGGUGGGAACCACCCACAUCCACCUGUGCCCUUCUUCCCUGGAUGGAAGCUCCAUUAGUGUGGCUGGUUCUGAUGUCUUUAAGGACAUCAGACGUUCUGGAAGGUUGUCAACAUGUGGGUCAGGGACCAGAAUAGAGACCCUAGUUAGAAGAGGGAGGACGGAUCCUGAAAGCCAGGCUCUGCUCCUGCUAAGGGGGUGUCUGCUAUUUACGGCCCCCAGUCCUACCUGCCUGUUCUGGGUUCCUGUGGAGUUGUAGCCUAGGCUUUCCCAGCCUUUCAGCCCUCGGCCCUCAUGGCUGGUUUUAUGCCCACAGAGGCGACUUCUGCCUUGAGAGGCAAGGUCUGUGUCUCUGUCCCGGCCACUGGGCAGCCGUGUGGCUCUGACCACAGGCCACCCCCUCCCCCAAACUCAAGCUUCCCCUGGGUAAAAGUUUGGGGGCGGAACUCUUUCCGUGCAGCUCCUGGAGUUCUUCUCAGGUCUCUUCGGAGGAAUGUACUAGGGAAGCCUUGAGAAUGGAUGCCAGGGUAAGCCUUUGCCCACACGGGGGAAUCUGGGCCACCCCUAGUCUCGCCUCUCCAGUCACUGGCCCUGGUAGGUUCUUCCAGGCUGGAGCUGGCACGUCGAGCUGGGGCUCAUCCUAGCGGUGGGGGAAAGGCCCCAGUACAGAGCUGCGUGACUGGAGGUGGGAAAAGAAGCCAUUGUCCAUCCUGCUAGUUCAGAGGUAGCAUUGCCUCCUUUGUGAACUGGGUCACUGUGUUUGUGAAUAAAGGUGAUUUCGUACCAGCC